GCGAAGUGGGAGGAUUUCGCGCGGACAAUGCAGCAGAUACUCAGCCUGUGCAUGUAUUAAUAAGGCGUAAUUGUCGCAAAUGUCGGGCGGAAUCUCCCAUUUCUGGCGACAUAUAGUCCCAUACCUCAUUUGUUUCUCUGUCAAGUUAUGCCAAUGAAGUUUCGUCUGUUUGCCGUUUUAUCAAACGCUCUAUGUACCGCUUACUUUCUCAAAGUGUUUUUCUAGAGAUUACGUCAGUUGGACAAGAAUGAGAAUUUUCAACCUUACCUUCUUAUUACUUACCAUCUUAGUGAUUCUCUCUGUUGUGGACGGUAAGGUUGAUUUCACCCCUGACCUGGUCUCUUUCAAAAAGCUGAGUGAGCGCCCGACAGUUGGAGAGUUGGAAGACAGGAAUAUUUUGAAGAGAGAUGGAAAGACUAUGGAAAAGAAAAAAUUGUUGUUAAGAAAGCGGCAGCUGAAGGAACAACAAAUCAUACAUUUCAAUGGUUAUGUUGAAGUGACACAAGCUCAGGUCUAUGAUCGUAAAGCAGAUAAACCAUGGACAAGGCUUACACCGACGGAUAAGGCUCUUAUUCGUAAAGAGCUCAACGAUUACAAAGCUCUUGAGACGGACGUGCAUGAAGAAAGCAGGAUAUUUACGAGGUUCCAUCGACCAUGA